AAUUCCCACUUUUCCAGCAGUAAAAUAGCUACACUUCGUGUACAGAAUCUUUGCCUCAGUCUUUUCCAAGGGUUUCUCCGCCAACAACUGGGUAGCACGGCUGGCACGGAGGGGUCCAGCAAUCGCACAGGUGAAAUUGUAAUGGGUAACAAGACUUCGGAGGAUAGUGGUGGUCAGGCUCCGUCCCGGAAGAGAGGCUUGCCGCCGGAUACGUCAGAUGGCCGUCGCGCAAAGGCAAUCAAGACAGUGCAUCGCUCGGAGAAGCAUCAGAAGUUCUCCGCGACGGUCUACAUACGGCGGGUCAGCAUGAUGGGCAAAGAUGAAAUAGGCUGUAUCUCACUGGAAGAAUUCCAAGCAGCACUACCGCCUGAAUAUUGGACUAGCAAAGAUCCAGCGGACUUCCCUGUAAAGGCGGUGGAUACGAUGCUGUUUCCACAUUUGCACAGCAAAAAUGGGCCAGCGGAACCACUGCCCUCAGUCAUGCACACUAUAGCGUUUCUGGAGAAGAUUGUUGGGCCCGUGGAAGCGUACAGUCUCGCUGACUCCGUGCAGCUUCGUGGCUACUUGAACAUUCUGAGGUCUGCGCCGCAUGUAGAGGCAACCCACCGGGUUGUUCUCGAUCUCACGGAUCCGAUUGUGCGCAGGCUUCAUGAUCACGCUGAAGAGGAACAUCUGGAGGCUAAGGCACGAAGCGUCAGAUACAAGAAGGGCGGUAAGGUUCAGGAAAGGCUUCAUGAAAUUGCGGUAAUGGAGGCUGCUGAGCAGGAGAAGUGGUGUGGUUGGGUGAAGGAGGGUGGAAGCGGGUUAUGA